AUGGCAAAGGGACACGCCUAUGAAGCACAGUUUAAACUGAUGGCUAUCAGCUACGAAGAGGAACAUGGAAAUCAAGCGGACGAGAUGAAAAUUGAACAUUUUCAAGGAGGUCCGUCGUGGUGCUUUCGUUUUAUGCAACGGUGCAAUUUUUCCAUCCGGACCAGGACUACAGUAGCUCAGCGACGUCCGGCGGAUUAUAAUGAAAAGCUGGCGAGCUUCCACUCCUACUGCAGCAAACACAUCGCCGACAAACGCAUCCAGCCAAGCCACAUCACCAACAUGGACGAGGUGCCGCUCACUUUCAACAUCCCGGUGAAUCACACGGUGGAGAAGAAGGGGACCAGCAUGGUAGCGAUACACACAAUGGGGUAUGAAAAGGCGUCGUUUACUGUUGUGCUUGGCUGCCACGCAAAUGGACAGAAACUGCUGCCGGUGGUGAUUUUUAAGCGAAAGGCUUUGCCUAAAGAGACUUUUUCAGCUGGAGUCGUUAUUAAGGAAAAAGGUCACAGCUCUGACGUCUGGAUUGGUUUGUAUAAUGAAAUCGACUGGAAGUGGUCGGACGGGUACACGGGGACUGGGACUGACUACAGGCAAUGGAAAACAGCUUCUAAUGAACCAGAUUUUAAUAAUGCCAUUCAGUUCUGUGUGCUUUCUGGGUAUUUAGGAAAUUGGUGGGACGAUUCGUGUGCAAGAGAGCUUCCGUUUAUCUGUAACACAGGGACACAACAGGGGGCUACGUUUACUUAUCAGAAGGAACAAAUGAAUUGGUCUGAUGCUCAGACGUUUUGCAGAGAAAACUUUGCAGAUCUUGCAACUGUAAAGAACGAUGCUGAAAAUCAGAUGAUUGCUAAAUUAAUAACUAACGAGGCAUGGAUCGGCCUGUUCAGAGAGCCAAAUCUGUUUUGGUCUGAUGGCAGCGACUUUCUCUUUAGCAACUGGGAUUCUGUCCAGAAUCAAAUUGGUUCCAUGAAUGUCAUAUGUGGUGUUACAUCUUCUGGCAAAUUGGGAAAAUGGAAGUUUCUCUCUUGUGAAAAACAAUUACCAUUUGUCUGCUACAGUGUCAGUGAGUUCAAAAAGGUAGUGAAGCUGAGGCUGAAGAUGGAGGACUCUGUGGAUCUGAACGACCCUGCUCUGAAAGCAAGCAUCUUGAAGAAGCUCCAAGACAGACUACAGGACAGUGGAAUGGGUGGGGCGACCCUGAAGUGGAACGAGCAACCUGAUGGAGGAGUUUUCCAGAAAGAGAUAGACACUGAGAUCUGAUUUAUGAUCGCAGAUUCAUUUAUGAU